AUGCAGUUUGUUCAUGAAAUCAACCUCAAGUCCACCAUUGAGGUGACCCUCUUGGCGGUUGCCUUUGUUUCCUCCGUCACGCUUCUGACCUGGCUCGUGACUGACAUCAAAUAUCGAGUCGCAGCGAAUAGAGCGGGCUGCUCAAUUCCCAAGAGAUACUUCCACUGGGACCCUUUCCUCGGACUGGACCUCUUCUUUCUGCGCAUCUCAGACAUGAAAGCAGGGGAUUCCAUCGCUACCGACACCAACCUUAUCAAGAGGUACGGCAAGACUGUGCAGACGAAUUCCUGGGGAACAAAACAAUAUGUCAUCUCUGACCCCAUAAACAUCCAAACAAUCCUGACAACACAAGUCGAUAAUUUUGGAAGCGCACCGAUGAAUAGGAAGAUGUGCGCUGAUUUCUUGGGCGACGGGGUCAUGACUGUUGACGGCCAUGCGUGGAAGCAAUCCAGGCAGAUGAUUAACCCAGUCUUCGCGCGCGCGCAAGUAUCCGAACUUUCAAGCUUCGAAAAGCAUUUAGCGCAGAUGAUCGACCAGAUUCCUAAAAGCGGAGGAACAAUUGAUAUGCAACCGUUGUGCAAGCGGUUGUUUCUGGACAGCUCUAGCGAGUUUGUUUUCGGGAAAUCAGCAAAUUCUUUGUCUCCGGAAACCGACAGUCCGAUUGCAAGGCGCCUGCCUGGACUUUUUGACGAAGCCUUAGUCGGAAUGUUUACACGGUUCAUGAUGGGGAAGUUCAGCUUCAUGGCGGGGUCAAAAAGGAAGUACUUGGAACAAUGUAAAGCCGUCCACGACAUCAUCGAUGGCUUCAUCGACGAAGAAAUCGAAUUGCAAAAAGAAAUGAAGGAAAAUGGGAAGACUAACGCUAAAAAUGGUACUCCCUAUAGUUAUGUUCUGCUUAAAGAACUGGCCAAGGAAACGGAGGACCGGCGAGUCAUACGUAAUGAAUUAAUGAAUGUUUUCUUUCCGGCCCGCGACACGGCAGCAAUCCUUCUGAGCAACGUUCUGUUCUUGCUGGCCAGACAUCCAGAAAAAUGGGAGAAACUGAGAUCUGAAGUUCUGGGUAUCAAGGAUAAGAAGCUCACAUUCGAACUUCUUAAAUCACUGAAAUAUAUGCAAGCUGUGAUGAACGAAACUCUUCGAUUACACUCUCCAGCUGGUGGAAGUUGGAAGACCUGUCUCGCACCAUCUAUUCUUCCUCACGGCGGUGGAAAAUCAGGCAAAGAACCAAUCCUACUGCAAACAGGUGACCAAGUCAGAAUGUCCUUCGCACCACUCCACGUAGAUCCAGAGAUUUGGGGAGAAGAUGCAAAUGAGUUCAAGCCCGAACGCUGGCAGAAUCUGAAGCAAAGCUGGAAUUUCAUCCCAUUUAUGGGAGGAAGACGAAUUUGUCCUGCGCAGCAAAACGUGCUCACUGACGUCGCUUGUAUCAUGGUUCGGUUGAUGCAAAAGUACAAGGCUCUUGAAAACCGAGAUGAAUGUUACGAGUAUGUGGAUAGGAUUGUUUUUACAAGGGAAAGUAAGCAUGGGGCGAAAGUGGGUUUCAUUCCUGCUUGA